AUGUUGUGGUUGCUUGUGAGCCUUGCGCUCGCGGGCAAUGUCUCCGCUCAGUUGAGAGUAGAUUGCUUUCCUGAGCCGAAUGCCAAUGAGGGCGCUUGCAAAGCACGUGGAUGUUCUUGGGUACCUGCCAAUAACGCUAAUGAUCCUAAUGAGCCAUGGUGCUUCUUCCCAAAUGGUAUGGGUUAUAAGUUAAGCCAGUCACAAGGUAACAAUUACACAUUAACAAAGAAUGGUGGGACCAAGUGUCCCUGGGGAAAUGAUUUUGGAACUCUUCAAUUCAGUUGGACUGUGGCACCUCACCUGAAUAUCAGGAUCACUAGUGGAUCACGUUUUGAACCUAAUUUGAAUUUUGCUAAUGAAGUUCGAUCAGAAACAGAAAGCUUAAGUGUGAGAACUGCUGCUGGAGACCCAUUCUCGUUCACUGUUAUUCGAGAUAAGACUAGCAGAAAAAUUUUUGAUUCAACCGCAGGAGGAAUAAUAUUCACGGACAAAUUCAUUCAAAUCGCUACUUAUCUCCCUUCUGAAAACCUUUAUGGCUUGGGAGAGAACAUCCAUCAGACUAUCAAGCACGAUUUUACCAAAUACACAACAUGGGGAAUGUUUGCCAGAGACGAGCCUCCUAACUCAUACGGGGAGGAUACUAAGAACCUCUAUGGUGUUCAUCCAUUUUAUAUGGUGGUUGAGCCUGAUGGUAACGUCCACGGAGUCUUUAUCAUGAACAGUAAUGCUCAGGAAGUCACUACUGCCCCAGGGCCUGCUUUGAUUUACCGUACUACUGGCGGAAUGUUAGAUAUCCAUUUCUUCGCUGGACCAACUCCAGAUCUCGUACUUCAACAAUACCAUGACUUCAUUGGACAUCCCUUUUUACCAGCCUAUUGGGCUCUCGGAUACCAGCUGUCGCGAUAUGGGUAUAAGAACCUGGACGAUAUGAAAAACCGUAUUGCAGCUGUUCGUAACUAUGGAAUCCCAUUAGAUACAGCUGUCAUUGAUAUUGACUAUAUGAAUAGAUACAAAGACUUCACCGUUGGCUCUCCCAAGUGGGACGGUCUUGCUGACUAUGUAAAGCAAAUGAAAUCAUGGGGAAUGAAGUUGAUUCUCAUCUUCGAUCCAGCCAUUGAAGCGGAUUAUGAUUCUUUUCAACGAGCUCUUGAUCAGGGAGCCAAAUUCAUUGAAUGGGAGAGAUCCGACCAAGUUAUGCAGAACAUCCAAAGUCAAUAUCCUAUGGCCAAAAAUACAAAAAUCAUGCUUGGAGUGGUCUGGCCGGAUAAGCAUGUUGCUUUCCCAGAUUUCCUUGAUUCUACAAAUGCAACACAAAGUUGGUGGAUUUCAGAGUUUGUUCGCUUCCAUGGUCAAGUGGAAUUUGACGGCAUUUGGAUUGAUAUGAAUGAGCCAUCCAACUUUGGAACAAACGAAGAUCAUCCAUGGUAUUAUGAUAGCGCUGAUCAUCCAAAUGAUCUACCAUUAUUCUGUCCAAUUAAUGCAAACAACCCUGACUCUACCUGGGAUUUACCUCCUUAUAAGACUCACAAUGUCUGGAGAUAUGACGGCAAUUCAUAUCUCUCCACUAAAACCUUAUGUAUGUCUGCUGUUCAAGACGGAGGCAAAUUACGCUUCUACAACGUGAAGAAUUUGUAUGGCUGGUCAGAGGCUAAGUACACUCAACAGGCUCUUUAUAAAGCAACCAAUAAGAGAGGUGCGGUUAUCUCAAGAUCAACAUUCCCAUCAUCGGGUAGAUUUGCUGGACAUUGGCUGGGAGACAACACGGCUCGUUGGGAAGAUUUAAAAACUUCCAUAGUAGGAGCUCAAGAAUUCAACUUGUUCGGAAUUCCAUAUGUUGGAUCAGAUAUCUGUGGAUUCCUUCAACCUUCCAAUGAAGAGUUAUGCCUUCGUUGGCAGCAAAUGGGUGCUUUCCAUUCCUUCAUGAGAAAUCACAAUGACAUUAGCUCGCCCCCUCAAGAUCCUGCUGUUUGGCCAUCAGUAGCCCAGGCUACCAAGAAAGCUAACGAGUUCCGCUAUAGAUAUUUGCCUUAUCUGUACACGCUUCAUUUCAACGCUUGGUUGAAUGGUGGUGCUGUCAUUAAGCCAAUGUUCUUCGAAUUCCCUCAUGAUGCUGAAACUUACAACCUCAGUUAUCAAUUCAUGUGGGGUAAUGGUUUCGUAGUGGCUCCAGUGUACAAACAGGGUGCUAACUCUGUGGACUUGUAUCUGCCAGAAGCUGAUUUCUUCUCUGUCUUCGACUAUAACUAUGGAGAACCAUUUGAUGUAGGAUUCGUAACAGUCCCCGCUCCAACAACAUCUCAAAUUCCCACAUUUGUUCGAAGUGGUCAGAUUAUCCCCAGACAAGCACCUGGCGUCACAACAACAGCUUCGAGAGCCAAUCCAUUUGAAGUUUUAGUUGCUCUCAAAAACAUUGAAGGAGAUGAAUACGCUGCACAAGGACAACUCAUCUGGGAUGAUGGAGAGACUAUUCAAAACGAUAUUGACGAGGCUGACUACUGGGAUAUUCAAUACAACUUUGAAGCCACAAGCGAUUCCUCUACUUUCAAUUACAGUCCCAAGAGAGUAUCUAAAACUGUCUCUCUUCCCACCUUGGAUGUCAUAGAAAUCUUCAAUCAUCCAGCUCCACCCCUCUACAACACCUUCAAGCUGAAUGGAGUUGCAAUAAACGUCGACGUUCAAUGUACAUCUUACAACACUUUCACAAAGGUAUUCAAGCUGUGCACGAAGAACUUUAUUAAACUUGGAAGCCAGGAUCAGAUCCUAGAAUGGAAGAACUACGCACCGUCAGCUCUUCCUGUAGCCGACAAACAAUUCCAAAAAUUGAACUUUUAUGAUUCGACUAACUAA